AUGUCCGAUCCACCUCCUGGGCUCGCUCCCGCUGGGAGCAGCUCAUACAGCUCCAACUCCCUCCAAGUCGGCGACGGAACCUGGGAUUCCCAGCGAAACACAUUCCUGCUCCCGAACCUCCAACCGCUGAAUCUCGCCACCACCCAAUACAAUGGCAUGGGAAAUCGAUUUCGAGAUCUCCCGCAAUACCAUCGACUGGUCCUCGGCCAUGGCAUCCUCGCUGCUAUCGUCUUUCUCGGGAUCGUGCCCGGUGCGAUCAUCAUCGCGCGGUUCUACCAUCGUAACCCGCGGUUGGCCCUUCGGCUGCAUAUAUGGAUGCAGGUCUUGACGUUUCUUCUAUCGACGAUUGUCCUGAUCCUUGGUUGGUUUGCGGUGGGGCCGAACCGUAGCUUGACGAACCCACAUCAUGGGAUUGGCGUGGCCAUCUAUGUCAUGGUGACCGUUCAGUUCCUCGCGGGAGCGAUCAUCAAGCGGGUGGAGAAGAAUAAGACUCGAUACAAAAUUCCCCUCAAACUAUAUCUCCAUCAGUGGUUCGGACGAACUAUUGCACUCCUAGGAUUCGCACAGGUCCCACUCGGCCUUACGCUUUACGGGUCACCACGAUACCUCUUCAUUAUCUACGCAGUCCUAAUGGCGGUCCUCGUUACUUUGUACUUCAUUCUGAGCUAUCGAAACCAAGGCGGGGCGGUGAUGGACGACCGUGGCACCUAUGUCAGCGGCUCACGGGCCGAUACGACCCCUCGAAAGGAGAAGCAUCGAGGAAGAUGGGGCCUUGGUGCGCUGGCCGCGGCAACAGCUGCUGGGAUUGGAAUUUCGCGGAUGCGAAACAAAUCUCGAAGUCGUAGCCGUAGUCGGAGUAGAAGGGCCGAUAGCCGAAUGGAUGACAACGUUGACCAGAAGCACACGUGGAGAAACCGAAUACUUGGGGCGACGGCUGGGGUGGGCGCCAUGGCUGCGCUUCGCAAAAUGAUGGGAGGACGCAACCGAGACGACGAGUCCAUCGAUAGCCGCUACCCUCAUCAUCCACUCGGUGGCGCUCAUAAUCUCACACAAACAGACCUGAGCAUGGCCGAAGAAGGUCGACUGCCCAUGACACCGAAGCGACCUGCUGCCGCCAUGACCGGAACUCCCGGCUCCCGACGACGCGAGUCGAUCGAUUCCUGGGAUAGCCCCCCCAGCGUUGACCGCCACCACCGCCGCGGCGGCCCCGGCAUGAAAGAAGGCAUCGCGGCGCUCGGCCUCGGGGGCUUCCUCCGCAGCACCUUUAACAAACGGCGCGCCGACAAAGAAAACCGCCGCGUCGAAGACAUGCGCCGCACCGAGCUCGACAACGAGCGCAUCAACCGCGCCCACAGCCGCAAAUACACCGCCGACGGCACCCCCCGCCGCCACCGUCGCCGACACAGCUCCCUCUCCGACUCUGCCAUCAUGCACGGCGCCAACCCCGACCUCCCCCGCCCCGCCGCGGCCGAGCGCGACUCCCGCCGCAAAGACCGCCUCCACCGCCGCCGCCGCACCAGUUCCCUCAGCAGCGCCAGCGGCGACGACCGCUGGCGCCGCGCGGGCGAUGGGCCCCGCCCAGGUGGGCCUAGACCGCCGCUUUCCGGCGGAGGAGGGUCGGUCGCGUUCGCGGAGCCGUCGAACAGCGGGGGGUAUCCACUUCCGCCGCCGCCGCCAGGGCCGCCACCAGGAGGCCACAAUACGGUUCCGAUGGAUCUGCCACCGCCGCCGAGGAUUCCAGCGGCGGGAGGGGGAGGGAGUCCUGGGGAUGGAACGGUGAUGAGCGGGCCGUAUGAUACGGGGACGGAUGUUAGUGCGUAUGAUAGUAAUCGGAGGCGGAGGCGGGCGCAGAGAGCGCAGGCGAGUUUGGUGAGGGGUGGGGGGAGUCGGGUGGAGUUUAGUUAG